CGCGGGGGCAGAUGGGGCGGAUGGGGGUAGCCUCGGUCCUCUACGUGCCCAGUAGUAACCGGAACGGCUGGCACUGAACACACAUGCAAACACCCACAGAGACAAACAUUACACUUAACUCUUUUACUACUCGGCGCAAACCGACAGACGACACGGACAGUAUGGCUGCAGUCCUACGUGGAUGAAAAAGAGCCAGUAAAACCUCUCAGCAAGACUUCAAGCUCUUCAAACCCCAAGAUGAAUCACUCGACCCAAUCACGCUCUGUAGUGGCCUUUAACACCGAGGACCCUCAUGGCCUGCGUUAAAAAUUUGCUUCUUAUUGGAUAUGUGCACCGGACAAUCUGAUUAUCGGCGACCCAGUGAUUAAGCACAGUGAUUGGACAACUGAAGUGCCAUGGCGAAGACAACAGAAAUCCUGAACCUUUCGUUCCUACAGGAACACGAGCGAGAGACGAUCCUCGGUGUGCUGCAAAAAGACGAGAAACUCCGCAAACGAGAGGAGAAGCGCAUCAGAAAGCUUAAGAACGAGCUUUUGGAGCUGAAGCGUCGUGGUCGACGUGGUAACCCGGAGCAGCGGGAGUGUGGCGUGUGUCUGCGUGCUCUGGGUCUGAUCCUCCAGAGAGGCAGUGUGUGUUAUGAGUGUCACCGUCGUGUCUGCAGCUACUGCACAGCCAUGCCCUCGAAAAGCAGCAACACCAAGUGCAUUGUCUGUGCCAAAUCUGCGGAGCUGAAAGUGGUCACAGGCGAGUGGUUUUUGGAAGAACGUGCCAAGCGCUUUGAACGCAUGACAAUCCCUUACAGUGACGUCGUCAAACAGUCCAUCCUCACAAGUGUUCCAGAUGGACGCUCUGACCAGAAGAAGCUUUCCCCGUCAGGACUGGACCGGCCAGCAACGCCUCAGUCUGAGCGGUCAGCUUCGCCCCAGUCUGCCAAGAGUGUUGGCCGGUUCUUAGGCAAGAGGAAAGGGGCCAGACCAGUGGCUGUGGAGUCAUCAGGGUUACCGACGACACCGAAUAACCUGCGCUCACACCCAGGCCGAUCACCAUUACAGGCUGAAGGAAGGAAAAGGCCCGAUGGGGCUGAGAGUGUAUGCAGCGUCCACAGCAGUGACAGUAUUCCUGAAAAGAUCAGCACUGGAGGGAAACGAAAAGGCUCAGGCACACCCUCUAUCGCUGUGUCCAGAGCCUCUUUUUCAUCAGACCGCAGUCGCUCCGAGGUCGAUCUCAGUAAUCUGGGUGACGGGUUUAGUAACGAAUCCCUUCCUGGCCGCUGCCGCUCAGUUCCUGGGCUCAACGAUGCCGACUCGGAUGAAGACAUUGAUGCCCUGAUGUCUGCUCAUUACAAAACCAGCCGCAGUGUCAGCAGCGCUCAAUCUGUGAGCAGUCUGAACAGUAUUAUGAGCGUGUACAGUGAGAUGGGUGACUAUGGCAAUGCGCGGGUUUCCGGAGAGAUCCUGCUGAACAUCUCCUACAGCUAUAAAACAGGAGCACUCAACGUUCUAGUGCGAGAGUGCCGCUGCCUAGCAACCGGAGACGACAGAAGACAGCGGACUGACCCUUAUGUCAAAACCUACCUCUUACCAGACAAGUCACGCCAGAGCAAACGAAAAACCAGCAUCAAAAGCAACACCACCGACCCAAUAUUCAACGAGAACCUGAGGUAUGUGGUGAGUCAUUCCCAGCUGGAGACACGCACUCUACAGGUUUCUGUGUGGCAUCACGACCGCUUCGGACACAACACCUUCUUAGGAGAGACCGAGCUGACCUUUGACUCCUGGGAAUUUGACAAACAGAUAGAGGAUUGGUUCCCGUUACAACCCAGACAGGCUGAGUGCGCUACAGAGUCCCUGAUGCAGUAUAAGGGUGAGCUGACUGUGGUGCUUAAGUACAUACCUGCAGAGAGGAACCUUUCACUGCCAUUGGACCAAAUACAAGUGAAAAGGGGGUUUCUGAAAGGGAAGAAGAGUAUCACUCUGCCAAAAGGAGGUAUGGUUGAGCUGCUGGUUAAAGAAGCCAAAAACCUAACAGCUGUCAAAUCAGGCUCCUCUGAUCCAUUUGUCAAAGGGUACCUGCUGCCUGAUGACAAAAAGAGUACGAAACACAAGACUGCAGUGGUAAAGCGUUCAGUGAACCCACGCUGGAAUCAUACUUUUACCUACUGCGGCUUGCAGCACAGUGACCUGGACAGCGUGUGUCUGGAGCUCACUGUCUGGGACAAAGAGCCACUCGCCAGCAACGUCUUCCUUGGAGGAGUGCGACUAGGAGCUGGGACCGGUCUGAGCUAUGGGAAGGAAGUGGACUGGAAUGACUCCCAUGGUGAGGAGCAGCGACUAUGGCAACGCAUGAUCGACAACCCAGAGGUUCCACAGGAGUGCACGCUAAUGCUGAGGUCCACAAUGGCCAAGAGAUUAACGUAGAGAUAGAGGUGCAGACGGAUAGAUACGUGUCUCGCAAUAUUCAUCAAAAGCUACUGCUCCUUGUCACCUUAUAGAAAAGUGCACUUCGCAAACACACAGAUGCUACAUAAUGAUACACACAGAAACAUUGUCCUUGACAUUAGCCUUGAUCACUGCAUUUUAAGAGACAGACAAUUACAUACAUGACCUCUUGCUGUCUAUAUGAACACUCCAUCCUUCCUCACUGUGUCUCUUUACUGCACAAGCAUGCAUCAUAAAUGCACAAAUGUAGGGGAAAUCACAACACACACAACUUCUCCCAAGAACAUAGCUGUAAAUAAAACAAAUCCUAUCUUAAACACAGACACAAAACUUGCUCACACACAUGAAGAGACAUAUUUCUGAAGGCACACACCAUUCUAUUCAAAGUGCACAGCAAUUAGAUAAACUAUAAACAGCAAAGCACGCUCACUGCCACUCUCAUAUAGAUAACAUAAAGACGCUUCAAUUGCAAAUUUUCUUGUGAGGAAUCUGUUUCCAGUGCUGUUGUAGCGAUGAGACCGAAAUCAAGCACACCUCAAUGGUUCAGUACAUGUCUCUCCAUUAGUGCAUGCUUGAAGCAGCGUUCAAUGAGCAUUAGAUGUGAGCUGCUCUACCUCAGGCUGUCUUCGUGUCCAGAGUAAUAGUGGGCGAUAUGACUAAAAUAUCAUAACACUGCAUUUAAAGACAUUUGUAUAAUACAUCAUACAUAUCAAUAUAUAGAUUUGCUAACAAACUGCCAAAACACAAAAAAACAGUUAAACUUGGAUAAAAAAUGGAUAAAUGAUACUAUUCUUUAAUGUCUACACGUGAAAACAAGUGUCGUUUGCUCGUUCUUCUUGUCCAGAUAAGUGUCCCUUUAGGUUCACCGGUGUCCUUUUACUUCCUAAAUACAUGGCAGUAACUAAAUUGCUAUAUUGCUCUGAGGUGAGAAUGAGUGUGUGAGUGUGUGGAUAGUACCUUGAUGGUCUGGGAACCGGUUCAGAGUGUCUUCUUGCCUUGUGCCCAAUGUUCCCAGAUGGAACAGAAUAAAACAUAUACAGAAGAUGAAAGGAUUAAAAUGAGAAAUGAUUUAAUUUUGUAAAAGUUAUGCCAUCAACCCAAAAGCUUCCAGUCGGUUUAGAAUUGUUAUGUAAAAUGGUGUAAAUGUUAGAAAAAGAAAAUGUCUCAGAGAUAUUAAUGUUAUGGCUGAUUGGUGUAUAAAGUUGCCACACUGCCCAGGCCAAAUCCAGAGGUUUCCAGCCAGGAUGAUUCAUGUCAAUGUUUAAAAAUCUGAGUGAAUGAAUUAUGUGGACACUCCUGUGUAAGAUUUUACAGACAUUUGCACAAAGUACAAACGUACUGUACUACGGUCAAGUCAGGUAGAUCAUUAUCAAACUGUUAAUAGAAGCAUAUAAUGUGAUGAAAUAUUGUGCCUUGAAAAUCAUACAAGUCUCUACACAAGCUGCACAUACAUUAAGUAGAAAUAAUAAGACAAAGGUAAGACAAAAUCAUUGUGCGAUUGUGGAAUUACAGCAAAAUGUGCAGUAAAAUACUACAACGACACAGAAUGGUGCAGGUAACGACAUUGUACACACAAACCAAAUGCACAGAACAGCAGGAUGAACUAAAUGGCACAAUGGUUGUGAAAAAGUGUGCGAUAACAUAAGAAAGCAACAUACACAGCAGAAUGCACAGGUACAGCAGGAUCAAUCUGCUACUGAACAUCUGUUUUCUUGCAGAAUUUAGUUAGAGAUCCGCUACAUGGGAUCGCUGGUUCACUAGCCAUUAUUAUCAAAAUGAUCCUAUUUAUUAUCGUGCUCUUCAUAGUUAUUACCCAUUUGACUGGCCACUUAAAUUAGUUCAAUAACAGUAAAAUAAUAAUAAUUAUUAGUUAAUAAUUUCAUCAUAGACCUAAUGUGUUUAUUCAGUAGAAUGCUUAGGAGUAAAAAUUUACGAGGUUCCAAUAAAUGGACAAAAUAUUAUGGCAUAUUUUUUCCAUCUUAAAAGGUCCCUGGCUGUAAAAUGUUUGAGAAUGCCUGCUUUAGAUAAUCAGUCAUUAGAUCAUCUUGAUACUGGAACAGCUCUGUUGGGUUAAAAUAUUUAAAGUAACUUCUCUAAUAAGUUUCCAGAAAGACAGAUGGUGAUCAUUGUUCUAGAUUAUAUAGAAAAAUCAAAUCAAAAAAAUUGUAAGAGUCAUGUUUUUUUUUUUAAUGUUUUUUUUUUUUUAAUAUAAAGGCUGGUUACGAAGCACUGACCCUUGGAUCCUAACAACAGUUUCCAUGUUGGAGAUUUGAUUGAGGUUAAAGAAGAUAUGAUGAACAAGCUGCCAUUUGUAUCGUUAGUUCUUCAUUCCUGUUAGUAGCGGUGAGCCUUAUAAACAAGAUAAGACAUCACUUCUAAGUAAACACUGGUGUCACAUUUGCCUGCUUAGUAUUUAUAAGACUUCCUGAGUAGCAAGAUACGACUUCUAUGUGUUAAAUGUUAAGUCGGUGUGUUUGUUGCCUGACUGUAAAGCAUGUUCAGUGUGUAUGUCUGCAUUGUCAGCUCUGAGCAGGAAGAUUGCUCAGGGAUCUGCUAACAGAGCUUGUUUAUGCAUCUUUAGAUACCCUUAGGCAGUAAACAAUAAACUAUAUUAACCUCA